UGACCGUGCUCGGGCGCCCCUCCCGAUGCCGGGCCCCUCCCCUCUGAUGGACCCCUCGGGGUCUUGGGGGGUCCGCGCUGUGCCCCCCAUACAGGUGGAGGCCGAGCUCGGCGUGGCCCCUCUUUCCACGAAGGGGUGGGCCGAGGGGCGGGGCUUCCGAGCCCCUCCCUCCCAGGCGGCGGAGGGGAAAACGAAAGCGAAAGCCGAAAAAAGCGCCUGUUUCCCUCCCGGUCUCUCUCUCCCGCGGCAGGAUGUCGGAGCCCCUCUGCCUGGUGAGCCCCCUCCUCGGCCUGAACCGUGCGGCCCUGGCCCACCUGAGGGCCCUCCCCGGCCCCCUCCUCCUGCUGGGUGUCUGGGGGCCCCGGGGCACCGGCAAGUCCUUCCUCCUGGAUCAGCUGGCAGGACGCGGCACAGGCUUUGGCCCCACGCCAGGCCUCUGGCUGCGAUGGCUGCCCCACCCGACCCGUCCGGGCACGAUGCUGGUCCUGCUGGACUCUGAAGGCCUUCAGGAGCAAAGCGAGGGCGGGGAGGGCGUCUCUUCCGGGCUCUUCUGCCUCAGCGUCCUGCUCUGCACCGUCUUUGUUUUCAACUCCCGAGGAGCGGAGGAGCCCCAGCGGGAGCUGGAUCGGCUUUCCGGCUGCCUGGAGGGCCUGCUCCGCAGGGUCCGCGUCCUGGAGGACUGUCCUCAGGAGAACAGCUUCCUGCUGAGCAGCGUCCUCCCGGAGUUUGUGUGGUGCCUCCGCGACGCGGCUCCCGACUGCCUUUGGGAUGAGCUCCUCCGCGCCACCGGCCACGACAUGGGCACCUUGCUCUCCUCCUCGGACGAGUCAGAGGACUCCCCCGGCCGCUCCAUCCAGAGACUCUUCCCUUCCCAGAAGGCCUUCUGCUUCCGCCCCCCAACCCUCGACGAGAGCGAGCGGGAGCUCUUUCCGUCAGAGAAAACACAUCCCGUUUUCCAGAAGCAGCUGGGGGCCUUUAAGGACUAUGUCCUGAGCAGAGAGCCCAGGGCAGGUGUCAGCGGGGAAGUCUUGUGCUCCAGGCUGCAACGCUUCGUGGGGGCUUUGUCCCGGGAUCAGCCCAUCCUUCUGAGUGAAACCUUCCAAAGUUGGGGAGCAGCAGCACCAGGAUCCACCUGGGAAGAGGAAGCGGAGGAGCGUUUCCUGGCUGCCGAGCCCCCCAGAGCAGCCCCAGUGGUGGAAGAGAUCCCCAGGGGCUCGGAGGCCCACAUCUGGGGGGCCCAGGAAGAGGAAUGGCCGGAGGAAGAAAGAGAAGGAAACAGGUGGAGGGACCCCGGUCCCGGCGAGGCUGUGGAAGAGCUUGACUUCCAGCCCCCACUGGGCCCAAGGGCGGCCUCCCCAGCCCCGCUGCCGGUCGCCAUGGAGGCCCCCAUCUGCCUGAUAGAGAACGGCCCCAGGCAGCCGCUCCGGAUCAACGCGGAGGCCCUGCGGAUCCUGCAACGCAUCCAUCAGCCGGUGGUGGUGGUGGCCAUCGUGGGGCUCUACCGGACGGGGAAGUCCUACCUCAUGAACCGCCUGGCCGGGAGGGGCGCUGGAGGCUUCUCUCUGGGGGCCACGGUGCAGGCCAACACCAAGGGCAUCUGGAUGUGGUGCCUCCCCCACCCGCUGAGGGCCGACCAGGCGCUGGUGCUGCUGGACACAGAGGGCCUGGGGGACGUGGAGAAGAGCAACACCGAGAAUGACUCCUGGAUCUUCGCCCUCUCCGUCCUCCUGAGCAGCACCUUUGUCUACAACAGCAUGGGCACCAUCAACCACUAUGCGCUGGAGCAGAUGCACUUCGUGACGGAGUUAUCGCGGCACAUCAAGACGAAGGCCUCGGACCGAGAGAGCCACGACCUGGCCAGCGCCUUCCCUGCCUUCAUCUGGGCCGUGCGCGACUUCACUCUGCAGCUGUGCCUGGAGGACGGGACCCCCAUCACGGAGGACCAGUACCUGGAGCGGGCGCUGGAGAGGAGGGCAGAGGCCCCCGAGAGCCAGGACCUGCCCAAGCGGUGCAUCCGGGAGCUCUUCCCCAGCCGCAAGUGCUUCGUCUUCGACCGGCCGGCUUUGCGGCAGGACCUGCAGUGCCUGGAGGAGCUCCCCGAGUCGCAGCUGAGCCAGGAGUUCCUGGAGCAGGCGCACCGCUUCUGCCGCCAUGUUCAGGAGAGCGCCAGGGCCAAGACCGUCCAGGGGGGGCGCCUGGUGACCGGGACGCUGCUGGCGUCCCUGGCGGAGAGCUACGUAGGUGCCAUCCGCAGGAAGGAGGUGCCCUGCAUUGAGAACGCAGUCCUGGCCCUGGCGCAGCUGGAGAACGCGGCUGCCGUGCAUGAGGCCUUGCAGCGCUACGAGGAGAUGGAAGAGCUGAUGCGCCCAAUGCUGCCCAUGGAGGACGUGGCAGGGCUGCUGGUGGCCCACGGCUGCUGCGAGGAAGAGGCUCUCCGGGUCUUCAUGGGCCGGGCCUUCAGGGACGAGGGCCAGCGCUUCCAGAGGCAGCUGGCAGACCAUCUGCAGGAGAAGCUGGGGGAGCUCUGUCGGCGGAACGAGGGGGCCUCUCUGGACCGCUGCCAGGCCGUCCUGAUGGAGCUCUACCAGGAGGUGGAGGACAAAGUCAUGCAUGGGCGCUACCUGAAGCGGGGGGGCUACCAGCGGUUCUUGAGUGACCGGCAGAGUGUGGUGGAGCGCUACCACCAGGUGGAGGACAAGGGGCUCAUGGCUGCCAAGGCCCUGCAGGACUUCCUGGCCUCCAAGGAGGAGGCUGCACAGUCCAUCCUGCAGGCGGAUCAGACCCUCACGGAGAAAGAGAAGGAGCUGGAAGCGGAGAAGGUCCGGGCGGAGGCUGCUCAGAGGGAGGCGCAGCUGCAGAGAGAGAUGCAAGAACGGGCAGAGCAAAUGGCCCGGGAGAAGGAGAGGAGCUUUGAGGAGCACAAGAAGCAGCUGAUGGCCAAGGUGGAGCAGGAGAGACGGGCCCUCCUGGCCGAGCAGGAGCGGCUGCUGCAGCAAAGGCUCCAGGAGCAGCGGCGUCUCCAGGAGGAGGGCUUCCACAGGGAGGUCUCCCGGCUGCAGGGGGAGAUCCAGGGCCUGAGGCACCAGAUCCAGGAGCGGAGGAGCAGCGGAGGAGGCGGGAUCUGCACCGUCUCUUGAGGAUCCAUCUCUUGAGGGCAGCCGGACCGACCCCCUUGGCCUCGCCCCGGGCUCCUCCCUGACUGUGUGCCAACUUCAGUGUUUAGCCUCUGCUUUUAACAGUGCCACUCAGACCAGCGUGUGCCAAUAUUUAUUGUAUUGCUCGAAAGGCUUGCCAUGAUAGACUGCAAUGGACUGUCCUUUAAAGCAGGAGCCUAUUGCAAGACUCGGCAUGAAACCCAGUGGGAGGCUGGGGUGAGUCACUCUCUCGGCCUCGGAGGAAGAUCAAGGAAGCCAAGACCCCCCCCCCAAAGAAGUCUGGCCCAGAAAAGCCCCCGAUAGGACGAGGCACAACAACCACAAUCCUCUCCCCCAGUUUCAAUGGGACUUGCUUUGAGGAGGGAGUUUUGGAGGGAAGUGCAGCCAGGGAUCCGUGAGGUAAACAGAACAAGAACUGCAAUGGAAUGUGCCGUGCCGUGUCCAGAGAUUGCCCAUAAAAGGUCAUGUACGAGGCGGAGAAGGCUCUCGUCCCUUUCUCUCUGGGGGGGAGGGUCCCUGGGCCAGCCCUGAUGUCUGACCUUUCUGGGGCUUCCUGGGGGGCCCUCCUUCCCCUGGACUUCCCCAAAAACCAACAGCGACAGGCAGAUGCAUCAAGCAGAACGAGCAUUGGCUGGAACCAGAUCCGCCCCAUUAAAUAGCAUGGCAGGGUUUACAUUAACGGACUCGCACACACAUUUAUAUAUACUCGAAAGGCAGCGGUUCUGUGGUUUUGUUCUUAAGUUGAAUUUGUAUAUAAAUCAGACCAGGGACAUUUCUAAAGUGUAACUUCAGCUACAUACACACACUUACACGGAUUGCAUGGGGAAGGAUUGAGAGCCCCGUGGAGUUUCGUUUGCUGCCUGUGCCCCUGCACUUUCUGUCCCCGUGAUCACGAUUUUGAGAAACAUGGCUUGUUGUGAGACACGGCUUCAUUGGAGACCCUUCUCCCCACGAUCAUAGCUCUUCCAGGAGUGGCUUUCUCUCCCUCCCUCCCUCCCUCCCUCCCUCCCUUCCUUCCUUCCUUCCUUCCUUCCUUCCUCCCUUCCUUCCUUCCUUCCUUCUGUGGGGAAGAUUCCUCUCACUCCCUGUUGUCUCGGCCGUAUUUGCAACUAGGAGUCGUUUGUAAGUCGAGUGUUUGUAAUGCGGGGAUGACCUGUAUUUACAUAAAAUGAUAAAAUAAUAAAAUGAAUAAUAUAUAAUUUA